UGGAAAAAAAAAUUUCAAGAGAAAUUUAUCAGAUUCAAUGUACAAAAAGGUGUUUUAUUUUUGCAUUAGCCCAGUUACACUUUAAAGUUUCGACAAGAAAUUUAGCGAGUGUGUUAAAAAGUUUAGCUAACGCUUGUAUCAAGCGAAGCUAGCUUUCUCAUGACUUCUGCCAUAGCGCCAAUGAAUAGUUAUUUACCUUUAAUGCCGAACGGAGCCGACGAUUCAACUUUAGCACCUUACUGGAAUAAUGGCCACAGCAUAACAGAAACCUCUUUCACAACGAUGGCCAAGGACACACGAGUCACGUUCGACUCCUCCCAGGACGCGCCCCCCAGCAAGCACAAAGUCCACUGCACGCGCCCUGCUGACCGUCAAAUUUCCUACGAGGACGCCGAGAACUGCGUCAACGAAAUGAGUGAAUCUUUCCCCGCCCUCACCACCCGGGCACACAAGUUCAUGCGACAGGUCUCGGGGUCUUUCAACAGCAGGACUAUCAAAAUCGCCCUCAUACUCUCCGUCAUAUUGAACCUGCUACUCGCUAUUCCAUUCGGAAUUUUUUUCGGUAUUUGGAUGUCUCAGAAAAAUGACGUCACGUCUCCUGCACUGUCCCCGUCGCCCAGUUUCUCAUUAGACUCAAACGGCCGUCCCUUCGUCAAGUUGUGUGUUCCCUGUGGAAAGUUUAACUUUGAACUCAGUCACAAGGUGAAGGUCAGAUCUAACAAUGACAUCUGCUGUGCAGACGAUUUAUCCAGCGCUGAGUAUGAUAUCUUAGCACCGACAUCGCCUGGCCCUGGUCCAAAUGUUUACCCACAAGUCCUUCCAUGCCAGCUUUCAGGGAAUGUAGAUGCUAAAGCUCAUCUCGUCUUAGAUGUGAUGACUACAAAGGCUAAUGUUAAAAACCGACCAUUUCCUCAAAAUUUAUUUUCAUGGGUGUCGGAUCAUAAAGAUAAAAAUAGCUACGUAGGAUCGGGCGUCAAGUAUUCAAAUGGUCAUUUCGUCAUCCAAAAACGCGGAACGUACUUUAUCUACAACCAUUUGACAUUAAGUACCAUUGAAAACACCCUGGAUAUCAACAAAACUGACUUGAUCAUCCAACAUUCCAUACAAAAAAUGGAACCAGGGGAUCACGGCAAAGCAGUUUCACUAGCAUCCAAUUCACUGACACUCAAACGCUCCGAGGUGAGGGACUCAAAUGUUCAAGGUUUAUUCGACUUGAACGAAGGUGAUAUUGUGUAUGUGUACUUAAGUUACCCCUCCGUUCUGAAGGGGAAAAGUGGUGAUAUGACAACAUUACAAGUGUUUGGGCUGUUUUUAGUAAAAUAAACUGUUGCAUUGUGGAUGAACUAAAAUAUUAUUGAAUGAAAAAGGAAGAAUGGAAUGAUUUCUGCACUGUGAGGUAAUGUUUUAGGCCUAUAUAUAAAAUGCCAUGAUUUAAUGUUUUAACAUAAUUUCUUUUUUUAAUCAUAAUUGAUUAGUUAAUUGUUGGUAGAAAUUUUAUUUAAAUGUUGGCAUAAGUUGUAAAUUUGAUAAUAAAAUAUUUUUAUGUAAUGAUUUUUUUUACAAAGCAAAACCUAGGUUGCUCUUGUUUAAAUAUCUUUGCGGAAUUAACCUUAUAAAAUUUUAGGCUAGUAAUUAUUGAGGUUUUACAUUUUGGUUAAAAAAAACUGAUCCGCAGAGAUGAAAAUGUUUUUUUUUAAAAUAAUUAAUUCAGUAAUAAAAAUUUGAUUAGAUUAUUAGACUGCCAAAAAAAACUUGAAUUGAAAAAUGUUUGAGAAACCAAACACUUUAUAGUAAUUAAUAAAAUCAAUUACCCUGUUAAAAAAAUUUUUAGCUAGUUGUACUGUCUUGAAAAAAUGAUAUGCCAAGCUAAAAAACGUUGCAAAUGUUUACUUGCAACUUGUCAGAGAAACAAGACAAACUUAUUUUCUCCGAUUAACCUUGCCUGCCUAUACAUUGUAAAGUACUGUUUAUUUGUAAGUAAAAUUUAAAGUUGUCUAAUUGCAGUAUAUGCACUCUUCAGUCACGGUUUUGAAGAAAAAUUCUGCAAUACUUGAGGUGUAAAUUUAUCAAUUAAUUAAUGUAUUUAAUUAAGUAUUUAUUUAAUGUACAUACCUUUUUUUUUUAUAAACAUACAAUGUUAAAUUGUCAUCAGUGAACAUUUCUCAAGUUCAAUGUGAGAAGCAUAUCAUUCCUUAAAAAUGAACGUGUAUUGAAUCUAAAACGUGUGUAUUAUUGAAUGCCCUCCGUUUACCUCAUUUGCCGAAUUGAUGAAAUAUGGACUCAUAAGUCGUGGACCAAAUUACGAAACAACUAAUGUCUAAGUUUAGCAGAUUUUAUGUUUCCAUUCAUGAGAUUAUAAAAACAUUCCAAUUCCUAGUUCCUUGUCCAUGUUCCAUUUAUGUUUUGACAGCCAUGUUUUUUUUUUAAAAUUAAUUUUAGAAUAUUUGUAAAUGCGUUCUUAUCAGUUUGAAAUAAUGUAAUUUAUGUAAAAAAAAAUGUUUUUGAUCGGGACUCCAAAAGUUUUCAGUAGUAAGUACUUAACGGUAAAUUUUACUUAGUCUUUCUGUGGACAAAAUAAAUUGGUUACAAUAUUCUAAUCCAGCAUUAAAUUGAAAUACUCAUGCCACGUUUUAAAAGACUAAACAAGUGUAUGUGUUACUACAUACAUAAAGUAUGUGGUACUCCAUAUCUCUUCAACUGACUACAUAUUUCUAUCAGUCUUGACUUGAGAUAGUUAAGUGAAAUUCUUAUGGGUUUCUUUUAAAUCUUUUUUUUUUUAUCUAAAUAAAAACUUUGUUUUUUGUUUUGCUAAAACUGGUCUUAAAAUUGAUUUGCAAGUACAAAAAUUGAUCUCAUGAAAAGCUCUUGUUGUAGGUAAACUGUACAUAUGCUGGCUGUUAAACUGGGGGGAAAAUGUUGCCGUAAAGGUUGCAACUUUUUAAACUGGUUUCGUAGGUUGGAGCAUAUAGAAAUUUAUGUUCCAGUUUAUUUUUUUAAUUGUUUUUUGGUUAAUUUUUAUGUUCAAAAUUGAAAAUUUGAUAUAUUGUUAAAGAAAAUUUGAUAUUUUGUUAAAAUUCACUCUAUUAUGAGUCAACAGUAACCAGUAUUUGUGUCUUUUAAAGUGUAGAAAACGAGAACUUAUUUGUCAUUUUAGUGCUUUUAUUUGUUUACAUUUAUCAAUAAGCUCUGCUUUAGUGUAAAAAAAAAAGGUUAAUUUUUAAUGCUUCUUUUAUUGUUUUAGCAUAUCAUUUUUUUAUUUAGUCAGCUCCUAGAUUUCUUUAAUUUUUUAAAUUUUUUUGCUUCUGUAAAUUAAAAUUCCCACUUGCUCCUACAAUUUCAGUUAUAUGUAGUUUUAUUUUUGUUUUAGUCUAUCAGUUUAAAAUGUUUUAAUUAAAUAUUCAUGGAGUUUGUUUCAUGCUUUCGGCAUGCUGAUGAGUAUCAGUGCAUUUUAAGCCUUUGCGAUGGUCCUUGAAAGAUGCGGCAUCAUUGUUACGUACUGUUCUCAUAUUGUCAUCAUAGUCAUUUCAUAUUGAACUGACUUUAUAAAGUUAUUUUUAAUUUUUCAAAUAACUACUGGAAUCGCAAUCAAAAUAUAAGUGCCCAUGGAUAAAAUACUGGAAAACACUGUAUGUUUUGAAAAAAAAAUGAAUCUUGUUUAUGUUUUUAAAUAUGUAUAUACAUGUGUAGACUAUUGGGUGGUGUAUCAACUCAUUAAUAUCAGGAGGUAUACACAGCAGACAAUCUGGCAUUAGCUACAUGUUUCUACAUGUGAUACAAAAGACAUAAAUCUGGCCACUGUGAUAAACUCAUUCAAAAUUUUUGCAUAUUUAUAGUCACAAAAAAAUCUUGUUUUGCCAAUCCUUAGCCAUUCUAGAAUUCUCACUCAGCAGUCCAUUCAUACAAAUUCACAUCUAAAAUUCUGACUCAGCAGUCCAUACAUACUAAUAGUAAUACACUUUAAAUAGCAAAUUAAACUAUUUGAGAAAUAAUCUAUUUCUUGAUAAUAAAUAGCCAAUUUUAUUUCUUAAAUAAGACUUACAUGCACUAAUACAUACACAUACUUCUUUUAUCAUAGGACAUACAUACACACAUACAUAUACAUACUUUGUUGAUUCCUAUAUAAAUAUAUAUGGGUUCACCCAAUCUUUCUGUUGCCUCUCAGUUCAUAUGGGUAAACUUUCAGAGCGACCUUGUUUGUAGAGAAACUUGUUUGGACAAUCUUGUGUUAGUUUCCUAUAGCUUGUGACCUUUCACCUUUCAAGAAGUCUCUGUACGGAAUCUUCAUUAUCAGAUUUUUAAAUUUUUUUUAAAAAUAUAAUUCUCUUUCUUGUUCUUAUGCUUUUGAUGAAAUAUGUGUUUCAUUCAAAUUUGUAUUUUUGUUAUUAUGUGACUUCUUGUUACCAUUGUUGCAUUGCUUCAUAUUCAAAUUGUUGAAUUUUUACCAUCAGCUUUUCUUGUUAUUGUCCUGAGACAUGCAAACUCUUCAAUCGCGUGAAAUUAAAAAAAGCCUGUCUAUACCUUUUGUCUGUAUGUAUGUGUGUUGUAAUUGUACAAUGGAUUUUUUUUUUUUUAUCAAAUUGGAUUUGCUUGCCUUUUUGAUGAGAAGAAUUUUGAUAAGCUGACUGAAGUCUGGUAUGGGUGACUGAUGAGUGACUGAUUAUUUAUUAAGGAUGGGUUACAGAUGACUUAUGUGGAUGUAGACUGGGUGAAUACUUCUUCAGAUGUGCGAACGUAUUGUUUUUACGAUUUAAAAAAAAACACUUUGUGAAUACAUACGUAGUUGUUUUUCUGCAUGCUAAAGAUGAUAUUUUGUUGAUAAAUGCAUUUUGAAAUUUUAAAAUAUGUAUAAAUAAAAAUAAAA